AAUUUUUCUUAUUUUUAUUUUUCAAUUUCUUCAUCCGGAAUCGAAUUUUGCUCUUGCUCUUCCUUAGUCCACUGCAUUGCAGAUAAAAAUGCAUCGCAUGAAGAGGAGAAAAUAUAAAUUAAUUAUUUGUAUGAAAGAUGUGACAAAAUAAAUAAAGUUGAAAUGCCAUAGAUGUCAAAUACAAUAAUAUCUGAAAAUGGGAACUAGAGCUGCGGCAUUCACUGCAAAGAUCCACAACUUGCAGCAUUACAGUGGGAGAAUCAAGCAUAACUUACUUCCUCUGCCGUCUGGGGAUGAUGUUGCUAACACUCUGAAGUAUUUCUCCCAGACGCUUCUGAGUGUUUUAAAAGAUGUGCCAAGCAUAUCUUUUGACCUGCUGCGGUCCCCAGAGAAAGAUGCAUAUCGUACUUCCCUUUUCCCUAGCUUAGAUUACAAAACUCUUCAUCAUGCCCUUGUUGAGCUAGUCGACGCUGUGCCUCUGGUCCAACAUGGGGCACAUGCCCUUGGAUAUACCAUUCUUCAUACCUUAGCCUGUUUAGUACCAUUUCUUGAACAUGAACUCAUGGAUACACUUCCAUACCUAGUUGCUUCAACCAUGACCACUUUUCCAUGUUCUCUCCAUAAAGAUAUUAUUGAUGUUCUCUGCAACCAUCUCCUCCCAUUCACUUUCAGAGCAGAUCCAAAAGAAAACAGUGAAAGUUAUGCUAGUAUGUCCACUGCUGCUGUAUUAAUGGUUAUCUUUCAAUAUACGGAUUGUAAUGCUUUUCAUUGUCAAGUUUUGGAAUGCCUCAUGAGUUUAAAAAAAGAUAUUGUUAAGGAUCUUCUUUGUGUCAUUGCUCACGGGACAGCCAAGGCACGGUGCCAUGCAGUAGAGCUACUCUUUCAGUACCUCCCAACUCUUAAUCCAGCGCUUUUGGACCGGAAAGGAAUUGGGUGGCUCCUAGACUCUCUCUGCACCCUCACCUGUCUUGUUCUCUUUCCCACUUUCUCUCCAUCUUCUGUAUCACCUUCCCUUAUGCCUCAAGGAUCAGGCCAUGCUGGAUGGAAGGCACAGCUAUGCCAAAAAGAAGGUUGUUGUGGGAAUGAAGCUGUAAAGAUGUGCUUUGAGCAUUCAGUUGCUAUUGCCUCAGGCGAGCACCCUCCACCUCUUUAUUUGUGUGAAGAAUGUGCCAAAGAAGUUGAAUCAUUACAUGGAUCUGAGAAUUUAGUUGAUAUUCUUUUGCCAAUGGAUAAAGUGUCAGUUACCUGUGAAGAUCCAGACUGCAGUGCAACUGAAAAAUCUGCUGUUGCUACUUGUUUUUCAAUCGAAUGUGCAAACAGAAAUGGUCACCGUCCAAUUAGAUACUGUGCAGAGUGUAUCAUUGGCCAUGAACAGCAAUGGGGAGAUGAACAUAUGCUUCACACAACCAUACCAUCACCUUGGAGUAUGGAUCUUGAAACUCAAUCAUACAUGGUUGAAGCCAUCGUGAGUUUAUUGCAUGAAGCCGAACCUCUAAAUGAUAAGCAUGUGCAAGAAUCCUCAAAUGGUUCUGAUGAUAGAGAAGAAAACAGUGAAAUGUCUGUCGUUCGAGAGAAACAACUGUUGAGUCGUUACGGAAUCUGGUUAAUGGUUGGUUUAUGUUCCCCGACUGAAAAUACCCCAGAUGAAUCCUUAGGUCGGCUGCUUAGUAUACUCUUUCAGUGGUUUCAUUACACAGCCUGCUUACCAGAUGGUCAAGCAGGAAAUGCUUUAGAACAUUUGAAAGGCGAGUAUAUUCAUGGAUGGCUAAUGGAAGUUGUAAAAACACAUUUCGAUGUCUUUGUAUCCUGCUUACUACCUAAUCCUGUAGACUAUGCAAAAGUUGGUGGACCUUGGGAGACAUGGCCUUGUUAUCCUGUUCAAAUUAAAGAAGGAUUGAAAAGACUACUGUGUUUAGCACCAUAUGAUGUACUAACUGCAGAAGUAUGGAAAUACAUAAUGCCAUACUGGAUGGAUGCAUUUAGACAUGAAGCAGUUGAAGCUGAAUUUGCAGAGUUAAAAAUUCUUUUAAGUAGUGUUUUAGAUCCAACUUUAAGUCCUCUUGCAUUUAGUGCAGAGCAGAUGUUCAAUUUUCUAAUUGAACGAUUUAAAACUCCAGCCGCUCCAGUUCAAGAACAGGCCUUAUAUUGGUUGCAGACUCUUAGUAUGCUGGAAGUUCCUGUUCCUCUUGAAUUACUGUAUGAUAUGUUCAUGAAUGGAGUUAAAAAUAUGAAUUUAAGUGAUGAAGAAAAAGAAACCUCAGCGGCAUGUAAACUCAUUCCUCCCCCAACUCAUGAAACUAGGGGAUCUUUGCGAUUUCUAAGGAACCACAUGAGUCUUGUCAAUGUUCCAGAAGAAGAAAACCCAUUACUAGAUGUUGAGUGUAAAUCAGAUGAUGAAAUCCAUUUACCGUGCUACAUAUUGAUGUUAGAUAUACUAAUUAAACAGUUAGAACUUCAUGAAAUAAACAUGCACAAGGGUCUUGAGCAAAAUCAUGCUCAAAGUAUACUAUCAUUGAUUAGAAGCUUAGUAGAUGCUCCUUGGGAAGGUCGACAUACUUGUUCUGAGCCAAGUGAUGGAAAUCAGUGCAUAUUUUGUGAAAUAUGUGCCAUAUUUUUUCAAUUGAGUGUUACCUUAAUUGAAUAUUUUUCCCCUGUAAUGGAAGUAACCAUGGCUGAUAUUCCUGCUAAAGUGUUUCAGUUUGAGGAUGGAGAGUCUGUGAAUCAACCAGAGAGCACUCCUGAGAAAACAAAAGCCAAAGUUGAAUCUGAUGUCCCCUCAAGUUCUCCUCUCAAAGAAGAUAAUGCAUCACACCACAGUGUUGUGAACUUCUUUUCCGAUGUAACAGAGGACAGUAUCUUUGUUGGGCAUUCAUCUCCUAUCCAUACUGCAACAGUGCAAGAAUGUACUGCUGAAUUGGAUACUGUGGCUGUCAUACCUACAGAGACAGUUGUCGCUGCUGUUGCAAGAGAAGUUACAUUAACCGAUGAUGAUGUUGCUGGAGCUAAAUGCACUGUUUCUACUCCUCUUCUUUUGGAUGAAAAUGAGGAGGCUGUUCCUCAAACUACAGAUGAUGCUUCAUUUUGGCAUACUACUGAAGGGAAGUUUAAAUUUACAAUUGAAGAACUACCACCACAGCUACAGCUGUUCUAUGCUUUAUUGAAAGAUCUUGCAGUCUUUGAAGAUGCUGAUGUACUUUAUCACAUACUAACAUGCCUAAAAAUUAUGUGUCUACAUUCGGAAGUACUGAAUAAGGCUGCACACAAUCAUCGUGGUUUUCUGAUCUGGUGUCAAGAGAACCUUUUAGUGAUGAAUUUAUGGAAAUUACUUCAGAUGGAAUUUUCUCACAUUGCCCAAUUAGCAACAUCAUUGCUGUUGCAUGCUAUAACUCUUCCAUCUGGCUUUGAUAUGUUUUGGAAAAUCAUUGAACAAGAAUUUCAUAGUACUGAGUGGAGGACCAGAUUUGCUGCUGUUGAAAAAGUUACUGUGAUUGCUCACUUUGUGGACUCCCUAACGGUGAAGAAUAGCCCCUUAAUGCAGUCUGCAUUAGCUGGAUCUUUCUGUUAUUUGGUGCAUAGUCUAGACGAUGAACAGCCGACAAUUUCUCAGAGGACACUUCUUAAUUUAGACAGCAUUAAAACACCCUCUUUGAAGCUGUGUGUCUGGUGUUUAGAAGUGCAAUUCGAUAAUAACAUUACAGAUCGACCUUUGAUUCUUCAAACCAUUUUUCAACUACAUAAUCAGCUUCAAAGUAAACGUUUUUUGACAUGGGAAAUUUUCCUUCAUCGUUUUGAUACACUUUUUCUUGAAGAUCAAAUUAUUCUUGAAAAACUUGGAGAGGUAGCUUAUGUUCGAGAUUUGAAAAAUACAAAUGUAAAUAGUGAAAUGUUUCAAAAGAAACUGAAAAGAGCUCAUGAGGCUUUAGGACAUUUAAGCAGCGUUAAAUCACUUACUACAAGUUUUGGGGAAAAAAUGCCAUACAAGAGAGUUAUGGCACCAAUGGUGAUUCGCCAAGAUAAAAUGGAUAGAGAAAAGUUUUAUGAGCGACAGUCUUCUGCUCCAGUUUUAAAGCGUAAGAGCUCUCGGUUAGUAGGAAGCACAAUAGGGCCUUUGGGUCCUUUACAACAUUUACCAAAUAGUUUUUUUACAGAUGGGCAUCUAAAGGAUACCGUUCAGGAUGAAACACUUUUCAUGAAUGUGCUUUACCGUGCCAUGGAAGUAGAGGAUCAUGAUAAAGAAACACUUCCUUUAUUAAUUUUUCUUUUAAUGCAGUUUUUAUCACGCCCUGAUCCUAUUCAUCGGACUGAUGAUAAAAUUACAAGAAGUCAGCACAUUGUUUUGCAACAUUUAAAUCUUUUGUUGGGUUACAGUCAUAAUCAAAAGGAAGGCAAAUUCUUGCUUCCCCCUCAUAAAGUCAGAAACUCAUUAACAUUCAGCACAUUUCUUUUAUGCAUGCCAAAGGUUUUAGAUUACAAUUAUGAAAUGGGAAAUUACCUGUUAACAACCUUUUUAACAAUAUUAGUCUGUUGUCCAGCACCUCAAAAGUAUCCCAAUGAAGGAUCGCCACCAACAUUUUCAUUGUGGAUGUUGGAUUCCUUUAAUCGUCAUUCUUGGUUGCAGUCUGUAUUAGUUAUCAUCUACAAGUAUCAUUAUGAGAACACACCAUAUAAUCGCUACAUCCAUUACCUGCUUCUCAUCAUUCUGAAUACUCUGAAAUGCCAAAAUCACCGUUGUAAACAAGUUCACGAACCACUGCUCAGUCCUUUACCCUCUAGAUCUCGAGAUUUCAGUACUCCAUCUGCUGACAUUGAACACCUGAUUGAUAGAGAUGCAGCCUAUGACAGCUCGUAUCAUGACGAAAGGAAAGGAAAAAAGUUCCCACUCUCUGACAAAUCUGAUGAUCAAAUGUUUGAUAUUAAACAAGCUGGGAAAGACAAGAGUCAUCAAUGGAAAUCUUGGAAGUCUAGUGAGCGUAGUUGUUCAAGUGAAGGUGAAGAUGCAGAACCAGAAUUAGAAGCUAUACCUGAAAGUCCGAAAUCUGAGAGUUUUGAGUUGGAGCAGUUUACUACUGAUCUUUACACUGAAACAAUUGAACAAGCUUGUGCCAAUAUCGUCAGUGAGCCUUAUUCUGGCAAUGAAAGUGUAAUUGAGAUCAAUCAAUGGGCAAAAAUUUCAGAAGUUACCACUUUGAAAUUUGAUUUGCCUGAACCAGAUACAGAUGAUAAAUAUGGUGCAUUUUCUGACAUUCCACAAAGCUCUGUCUCAUCAGACAUAGAAAAUAUAAAUGUAAUUGAGAAAUCAGUUCAUGAACCCAUGGAAAAAAAUAUUGAAAAAGAUUUCUUAUCAUAUACAGAUGAAGUUAAAAAACAGAAUUCAGAUGCUUCUAACAACAGCAAACCACCCAACACAACAGAAGUCACUAUAGAUAUUAACCUGCAGUUGGAAAAUAUUGAAAUAAACCAACCAUCUACUGAUACCCCAAUAGCUGGCCUUUUUCCUCAUUAUUUGAAAAAUGAAAAAAAGCCCCCAAGUGAUAAAAAUUUUGCUUCAAAAUAUUCUAAAACUCCUGAUGCUAAAGAAGAUUUAUCAAGAAUGAAAAGUUUGCCAUUUGAAACUAACCGUCACCAAAGUGUUUGUAGAAGUAAAACAGACAGUAAUAUUUUAAAUUUACCUCGUAGUAAUGAUGCUAAAAUGUCACACUCCAGAUACCCUCACUCUAAGUUGUCCCAAAGUAAAAAAAGUCUUUCUAAAUUUUCACGCAAAGCAGAGAUGCUGAGUAGUGAAACUUUAACUGUUCCGAUAUUCAGACCACCACUCGAACGAUUAUUGCCUAUUGGUAUGUCAGAUAAAGAUAAAACUAGAAGAAGUGACACCAUAUCAAAUAUACCUUACAAUGAACCAUCUUUUUCCUUCACAGAUACGACAAGAGAUACAUCGAUGCAACGAGAUUUAUGUGAAGAUAAGGGUGUCCAAACUGGAAAUAUAGGCUUGAUUGAUAUCCCUGCCCCUGAAAGAUUGCUACCUGUUGGACCUUUACCAGCAACAAAAAAAGAUUGGUAUCCCUUUGUAUCCAAAUCAGAUUCUGAAACCACAUCUGAAUCACCUUUGAAAAUAAGUAUUACGCAAGCUGAAAAUAUCAAUUUAAAUAAUGUAGUUUCAGAGAAAAAAUCAGACCAAAAUAAACUUGGUGAGCUACAGUCAAUUAAAUCCAAAGUUGAGCUUCCAAUUUUAGACCUAACACCAGCAAAACUUGAAAGCCGAGAUAUGCCGGAAACAAAAUUGUUACCUCAAUCUGCUGUUCCCGAAAAAAAAUCAUUUGAUCAACCUGAAACAAGUGCAGUUGCAGCACUAGCAAGUGGGAAUUUCAUGAAUAAAUUGUUUGAUAUUACACCGGAAAUAGGUAUACCUAGUUCUGCUUUUUCAGUAUUUGAUGUUUGUAAAAACGCAAUGGAUCUGAGGAAUGAAGAAAAUUCAAAAUCUGAAUCAAAAUUACAGAAAGACAAUGACUUGGAGAAUUUUCAAAGCAGCACAGGUAGUGUUGAUUUAUUAACUAAUGAAAAAACUGAAGCAACUAAUUUGACUCAGGAAAGCACAGUCCAUAAAGGUUCAGAAAGAGCUUCAGAUGAUGAAGUUAAAUGCAGGCUCCCAUAUAGGCAGCGUAAACAGAGAAAAUCUGGUUUAAGUACUCUAGAAGCUCAAAGAAGUUUUGACUAUCAGAAUGCGGGCGGAAGACGUAUGAGAAAAGUAGAAAUGGGAAGUAUUUCGAGUGGUGGACUAGCAUCUAAACGAUCCAGUACAUGUCAAGGUUCAUUUCCCCGUGGCGGAGAUGAUAUGGUUAUUGAAAGAUGCACUGAGUGUGGAAGUGUCAUUGAAGAAUACAGUGAUGAAGAAAUUGGCCUUUGCAUUGUAAUACUUUCAACUUUUGUACACAGAGAGCCGUCUAUGGCUGCACCAUUAUUGCCAAAAAUUUUAAGAAUUGUUUCAAGAAUUGCAGCUACUCCUAAAUACCCAUGGCAAAGUGAAAGUACUAUUCAACUGCCUGCUGGUUCAGUGAGUGUAGCUAGACAAUUUUUACGUUGCACUCUGCAUCAAUUAGCUCCUAAUGGAGUGUUUGUCCAAAUAUUUCAGUCACACUGUUUAGAACCUGAAUUCUUUAAAACUAUGGCUUCAGCUCUUGCAGAUUUCAAUGAACUAAAUCAAGUAACACCUCUUAUCUCAUUGUUUGAAAAUAUGAAUGAAAGAAAACACCUUCAUUUUGAAGUUAUUUUUCACAUGCUAGAUAAUGUUGCCAUUUAUUUAGAUUAUUUGCCAUUGGAAAGCAACAUGCCUCAAUGGGCAUCUUUUCUUCAGCAAUUAGAUCUCUUUUUACGAAAAAUUCUCUUUACUUUAUCUCCUGGACCUAUACGACUAAAUAGUGUGUUGCAAAUUAUACUUUGUGCGUUAAAACUUCCAGUUAUUAGGGAAGCAAAGUCUAUUUUAGAUCCUUUCUCUAAGAUACUUAGUCAUACUAUACAGCAUUCCUCUAUAGAUUACUAUCAACUCUCUGAGCUUUGCACAGUUUGCAAUAGAAAUGCACGAGAGCGUGAUAAAACACUUCUUACAAGAACUGCUGUUUUUGAAUUAAUUCAGGCUUUGAAGUUUAAAACAUCUGUUCCUGAUGCAAACCUCUUAACUUUGGUGCAGUUUGUUUUAGCUGACUGUGGAGGCCGUUUGGCGCCAAAUGUUAUCCUUGAAGGAGCAAAUGUUGGAUAUGAGGCUCAAUCUUCAUAUAAAACUUCAGCGGGAGAAUGUAUGCAGACUUAUUUAAAUGACACACUUGAAUUUGUCUCUGAUGUUCACACUCUCACUAAAGUGAAGAAUAUGUUAUAUGGUAAUUCAACUCAUUUGAAUGAAGAAACCUUGGGUGGACAUUUAAAAGCUGGCCUUUCUCAAUAUUUAGCUGUUGAAUUUUCAAAAAAUAAUGGUCGUGACAAUAGAGCUAUUAGUCGCUAUCUCCCUUGGUUAUAUCAUCCUCCUACAGCUAUUCAGCAAGGUCCCAAGGAAUUUAUUGAUUGUGUUAGUCAUAUCCGUCUAUUAUCGUGGCUUCUACUUGGUGCACUCAUUCACAGUGCUUUGAUGCAAACGCCUUCCCCAUGUCAACCUAUUCCUCUCGAAGCGAACAGUCAUAUUGCUGAACAUAUUCAAGUAAUUUUAGCUGGAUUCUCUGAACAGUCUAAGGUUUCUGUUCUGCAUAUGUCUUCCCUAUUUCAUGCAUUUAUUUUGUGCCAGUUAUGGACUAUGUAUUGUGAACAUAUGGUUGCAUUGAAUCCACCAGGUAGUGAACAAAAUCAAGUUUGUGGCUUAACUCUGACUGAUUUCUGGGCUAAAGUAACUCCAGGAAUACUUCAAUUAGUCUGCCAUUCAAAAGAAGAGUACCCUCAGUUGGCAGAAAUGGUUAGUCUACAUUUCUUGAGUUUGAUGGAAGCUUUGCAAGAGUGUAAUUCCACUAUACUUGCCAGACUUUUACCAAUGUGGACACCAGUGUUGUAUAGUUUUCAAGGACACUUGUCCGGAAAUUUGCAAAUGAGACUACAAGCUUGUGUGAGCUGUUGCCCUCCUUCAAGGUCCCCAGAAGAAGCUGCUUCAAUCAGCACAACAUUUUUGAAAUGGUUGCAACGUUUACAAUUUAAAAUGGGACAAAUUGAAAUGCAAUCCUCGACUGCAACACAAUUUUAUUCAUUGUAAAAGUUUAUAAAGGCCAACUAUUACUGACAAACAUAUAUUUUAUUAUUAUUUCAUUUUUAAUGCUUUAGUUGAUUAUUUAAAAAAAAAAAAAUUUUUAAACUUGUAAGCUUAUUGAAUUAUUUUUAUUAAGUUUAUUCUAAUUUGUUUUUUUUCCUACCAAGUCAUGACCAUAUGUUUUAAAUUGGAAUGUUUGAGAAAAUUAUUUAAAAUGUUUUAAGUAAUUUUAAAACAG